GACUUCUCCUUAGAAGUUGCUUUCAUGACUAAUUAUAUUACUAAAAUCAAUGCAUGUAAAACAAAGUUUUCUGUUUUUAUGGUAAUUUCAAUGUUUUAUUCUCUUGUUUGUCUAGCCCUUUUCACUCUGCAUUUUAAUUGUCAUUUUGUUGCUUGUCUUCUUUAAUUUCUGUUCCUAAAUUAUUCUUCUGUUUCAUUGGGCUUUAUAAAACUUCUCUUAGGAUUUUUCUUCCAUGAGCUUUUCAUUUUUUUUGUAAAUUUGUAAUUUUAUUGGAAGUUUCAAACUUGCUUUCCUUAUUUGGAUAAGAAUCUUUUUGCCCAUAGCAAUUUUUGAUCUGAUCCAAUAUUGCAUUUACUCUUUUGUCUUCAAAUUUGGCUUUUUUCAGCUUUGUAGAUAAAAGGGUACUAUGAAAGAUUUGAACUUUUGGAAGAAUUGGACCUAAAGUAAGAUUCUUGAAGUUGACAAAAGUGUGAAAUUUUUGAAAUUUUAUUGCUUUUUUGGAGAAGAUGCUGUGUGCUUGUUCAGGUGAGCAAUUCAAAUUUGAUGAGCCACCACCAGAGUCUCCUGAGUCAUUGGCCACAAGGGAUUUUUCAGCUAGUGGUAUUUCUUCAAGAAAUGGAACAGUAGAUUGGGAUUCAAAACUUGAUGAUGCACAAGUUGAUGAAGUUGAAUCAACUUUAAAAGAGGCACUUUCCUUGAACUAUGAGGAAGCAAGAGCUUUGUUGGGGAGGCUAGAAUAUCAAAGAGGGAAUUUUGAUGCUGCCCUUCAAGUGUUUCAAGGAAUAGAUAUUAGAACCCUGUCUUCGAGAAUGUCUAAAGCCAUUUCUGAGAGAACAAGGCCCUUAAAACCGCGUUCCAAAGGUGAUAUCGUGCCUGCUGGUGUAAUGUCACUGCAUUCUGUGAGUUUACUUCUUGAAGCAAUUCUGCUUAAAGCAAAAUCCUUAGAAGAGCUCAGCCGAAUCAAAGAUGCUGCAAAGGAGUGCAAGAUGAUGCUGGAUGUUGUCGAUUCAGCAUUACCAAAUGGAAUACCAGAUGGAAUUUCUGAAGACUGCAAGUUAUUGGAGAUGUUUCAUAAAGCACUCGAGUUACUUCCGAAGUUAUGGAUACAAGCAGGAUAUUUGGAUGAAGCUGUGCUUGCAUAUCGAAGGGCGCUAAUCAAGCCAUGGAAUUUGGAUUCCCAAAGAUUGGCCUGUAUACAAAAAGACUUAGCCACCACUUUACUCUUUGGAGGCGUUGAAGUUGAGGUUCCUGCUCAAUUUCAAGUGUGGGGUUCAACAGCCCCUAAAAGUAACUUGGAGGAAGCAAUUCUCUUGUUGUUUGUACUCAUGAGCAGAAUGCUAAAUGGUCAAAUAAUAUGGGAUUCUGAAGUCAUGAGCCAUUUGACAUUCGCGCUGACAAUUUCUAACAACUUUGAGUCUGUUGCAGAUCAUAUUGAGCAGGUUAUUCCUGGAGUUUAUACCCGAGCAGAGAGGUGGUAUCUACUUGCUCUUUGUUACAGUGCUGCAGGUCAGAAUGAUACGGCAUUGAACCUUGUCAAGAAAAUUUCUGGAUGUUCGGAAGCCAACCAAGAACCUUAUAUUCCAUCUCUCUUGUUAGGAGCAAAGCUGUGUUCUCAGGAUCUGCAGCAAGCUCACGAGGGGAUAAAUUUUGCUCGUCAAGUAAUUAACUCGGCCAAAAAUCAAGACGAACAUUUCCUAGUUCAAGCUCAUAAACUUCUUGGCGUCUGUUAUGGAAAUGCUGCAAGAGUUUCCCUUUCGGAUUUUGAAAGAAAUUUCUGCCAAAGAGAAGCAUUAGCUGCCUUAAACUCAGCUUCAGUUUGCAAGGAGGAUCCAGAAAUUAUGUUUAUUCUUGGAUUAGAAAAUGCCAUCCAAAGAAACUUGACUCCAGCUUUUAAUAAUGUAAUGUGCUACUCAGAAAUGUCGGCUGGAAGUACAGCGAAAGCUUGGAAGUUGUUGGCUUUAGUCGUUUCUGCAGAACAGAGAUUCAAAGAUGCUGAAGCCAUAGUUGAUCUUGCUCUCGAUGAGACUGGACAAAUCGACCAAAUGGAACAUCUCAGAUUAAAAGCUGUCCUUCAAAUAUCUCAACAACAGCCCAAGCAAGCCAUAGAGACAUACAGGAUUCUGCUUGCUUUGAUUCAAGCACAAAAGGAGUCUGCGACAAAUGAUGUGGUAACUUCUCAGAGAAGAUUAGAAGUUGAAGCAUGGCUUGAUUUAGCAGGAUUAUAUACAGAUCUUGAGUCGUGGCGUGAUGCUGAAAUAUGUAUAAACAGAGCCAAAGCAAUUCAAUUUUUCUGCCCGCGGAAUUGGCAUGCAACAGGUGUAUUAUUUCAAGCUAAAGCAAGAUAUAAGGAAGCUCUUGUUGCCUUCACAGUUUCUCUAUCAAUAGAACCAGAUUAUAUCCCCAGCAUUGUUUCUACAGCUAAAGUCCUUAUGAAGAUGAGUAACGACGUAGCCCCUAUUGCUAGAAGCUUUUUAAUGAAUGCUCUACGAUUAGAACCAACGAACCAUGAGGCAUGGUUUAACCUUGGAAUGCUUGCAAAGAUGGAAGGAUCAGUCCAUCAAGCAGCAGAUUUUUUCCAAGCUGCACACGAGUUAAAGCUUUCUGCACCAGUUCAAAAUUUUAUCUGAUAGUGACUACUAAUUCAAGGCAGAAAAUGAAAACUUGACUUCAGCCAUACAUCCAUUAGCAAUUUGUUAAUAGCGUAGACGUUUGUGACUGAUUUAUGAAGUCUAUCUGGUUCUAUAUACUUCCCAACAUGAACAGGAUAGUACUACCUAUCGAUGUUGAUGAACAACAUCUCUGACAGGCUAAUGGACAUGCUACGGAAGUAGUAUCAGUACUCAUGGUAUUUUGUAUCAGUGUAUAUAACAAUUAGUACAUCUUUUUGCUGGCUUUUGGAGUAAUAUCUUGAUCUCACAGUUGUUUUGCUUCUGCUUACAAUCAAGCACUGAACAUUUUCAUUGAAAGUACUCUUUGUUCUGUGUUUAGAUAACUGCAAUGACCCAAUACAACAUGAUUGUAACUACGAACUCAUACGAGUAUAUCUAAACGUUCACUAUGUAUUUCGUGCUUGUAAGUCUCGUCGUGCUCAUUCUUG